AUGAUAGCUCCGCAAUUCACAGCGUUGCAACAGCCGCACGAAGCCCCUUUGCUCCGUCUCCCAUCCGCCAAAAGGCUGCGACUGUUCGGGCAGCAGAUCGACGCUUCGGAAGCGUCGCCCGGCGACGUUACUAGGUCGUCGCUCACAUCGCCCAUGUCGCCCACAUCGCAGACGCCUUCCGGAUCGAGCAGCUCGAGCUCCAGUGAACGGUUACCACCCCCUCUUUUUCCGCUUUCCGAUCCGUUGAUGCCAGACCCAACGACAGCCGCGCGUUACCAUGCUUCCGAUCCUUGCCACGUGUCAUCAUCUACGCCGUCGCUUCCGGAUCUCGGCGACGACAUCCUUCGUCAGAUUCUCCAGGCGAUGCGACCGACGGCGUGGGAUCUCUGCCGCCUUGCUUGCGUCAACAUGACGUGGAAGAACCUCUGCUACAGCCGGCAAUUCUGGACGAAGCUUCGCAUCGGCCCCGGUGCCAUGCACCCCGAGCUUCUUUCCUCGCGCGCUUCCGCAGCCGCCACGGCUGCAAACUCCGCGAGACACGACGUAAGAAACGGCGCAGCCAACGGCGCAGGAAACGGCGCAGGUAACGGCACGGGCAACGGCGCAACCAACGGCGCAGCGAACGGCGUCGUCAUUACCCCUCCUGGGACGAGCACGGGGUCCGCGUUCGCGAGCCUCUUAGAGUCGCGACUCAUGUGGUUCCUCACGACCGCGUUCCGUGGGAUCCGGCACUUCUCGUGCGUGCUCCCGAACAGCAUGACGACGCAGACGACGUGCCUGAUGGCGAUCGCAUGGCGUCGCCUGUCCUCCCUGCGACUCCACUGCGGCGCGCUCCAGUUCGCCGACCUUCUGGCGCUGCGGAAAUGCGGCGCACUCAGAAGCCUCGAGCUUGUGGGCGGCAAAUUGGAGGAUACGUCCAAAACGGCUGCUGGAUCCCUAGAGUUGGGUUCGCAGGGGCAGCCGGAGGAAGGGGAGAGAUUAGCUAGUCUGGAGGUGCUUGUAUUGAACGGAACCCGCACCAUGUGUGCUGCUGCUGCUCUGCCCCCAAAACGAGCAGCUCACACAGACACUCCCUCUGAAAUGCGCGUCAAAUGUUUUCCACUUGCCCCACACAGCCUCCUCCAGGCCUCGUCUUUCCCCUUUCUUCGAGUUUCCUCCCUCCCUCCCUCCCUCCCUCCCUCCCUCCCUCCCUCCCUCCCUCCCUCCCUCCCUCCCUCCCUCCCUCCCUCCCUCCCUCCCUCCCUCCCUCCCUCCCUCCCUCCCUCCCUCCCUCCCUCCCUCCCUCCCUCCCUCCCUCCCUCCCUCCCUCCCUCCCUCCCUCCCUCCCUCCCUCCCUCCCUCCCUCCCUCCCUCCCUCCCUCCCUCCCUCCCUCCCUCCCUCCCCUCCUCCCACUCCCCAAACGGAUUCCCCCCAAACAUCUCCAGCUGGCGCUUCUACCCUAUCCGAUUCCCCACGAAUGUGUGUUGCCGUUACUCUACCGAUCUACUCUCUGUGUCAACAAGGAGUGGUAUCGAACGGGGAGCGACUUCUCCCUAUGGCAGUCCAUUGACAUUCCUCGGAAGAUGGCUCACCGGGUUUGGGACUAUGAGCUCGGCGUCAUGCUGCGACGCGCGGGUGCAGGAAACAUCGAUUCUCUUCAGCUCUCUGGUUCCGGAAUUACCGGAAAGUCGCUCAUCAACAUCAUUCGUACCAAGGCACUGGCUCCCAGAGUCACCGAGAUUUCGGAAGCGGGUGACACCCAUAACGGAGGGGCUGAAAAUGAAGGAAGGGUUGAGCACGAAGGGGGUGCAGCAGGUAAUACAGGGGGUGAUAGUAACGAAGCAGAUGCCCAGCAGGGAGGAAAUAAGGAGAGUGACAAUAGUGAAGGGGGCGAGGCACACAGGGAUGAGAGCAAGGAUGGGCGAAAGAGAUCCGAAUUGGAAGAUAAAGAAUCAGGUUCCGUUGACGAGCGGUCAGGAUCUAAUGUUGCGAGAUCGGAGUUGGAUGGUGCGAGAGAGAUGGUGCUGCUGCAUGAGGUGGUGGCACAUCGUGACAAUGUAACGGCUGUUGCGGUUACCAGCGACUCAUCUCUGCUCUUCACCGCCUCAUUUGACAAGACUGUGCGCAUGUGGUCCCUCCCGGUAUGUGUUUGUCAUUCCAUGCGCAUGUUUGUCAUUCCAUGCGCAUGUUUGUCAUUCCAUGCGCAUGUUUGUCAUUCCAUGCGCAUGUUUGUCAUUCCAUGCGCAUGUUUGUCAUUCCAUGCGCAUGUUUGUCAUUCCAUGCGCAUGUUUGUCAUUCCAUGCGCAUGUUUGUCAUUCCAUGCGCAUGUUUGUCAUUCCAUGCGCAUGUUUGUCAUUCCAUGCGCAUGUUUGUCAUUCCAUGCGCAUGUUUGUCAUUCCAUGCGCAUGUUUGUCAUUCCAUGCGCAUGUUUGUCAUUCCAUGCGCAUGUUUGUCAUUCCAUGCGCAUGUUUGUCAUUCCAUGCGCAUGUUUGUCAUUCCAUGCGCAUGUUUGUCAUUCCAUGCGCAUGUUUGUCAUUCCAUGCGCAUGUUUGUCAUUCCAUGCGCAUGUUUGUCAUUCCAUGCGCAUGUUUGUCAUUCCAUGCGCAUGUUUGUCAUUCCAUGCGCAUGUUUGUCAUUCCAUGCGCAUGUUUGUCAUUCCAUGCGCAUGUUUGUCAUUCCAUGCGCAUGUUUGUCAUUCCAUGCGCAUGUUUGUCAUUCCAUGCGCAUGUUUGUCAUUCCAUGCGCAUGUUUGUCAUUCCAUGCGCAUGUUUGUCAUUCCAUGCGCAUGUUUGUCAUUCCAUGCGCAUGUUUGUCAUUCCAUGCGCAUGUUUGUCAUUCCAUGCGCAUGUUUGUCAUUCCAUGCGCAUGUUUGUCAUUCCAUGCGCAUGUUUGUCAUUCCAUGCGCAUGUUUGUCAUUCCAUGCGCAUGUUUGUCAUUCCAUGCGCAUGUUUGUCAUUCCAUGCGCAUGUUUGUCAUUCCAUGCGCAUGUUUGUCAUUCCAUGCGCAUGUUUGUCAUUCCAUGCGCAUGUUUGUCAUUCCAUGCGCAUGUUUGUCAUUCCAUGCGCAUGUUUGUCAUUCCAUGCGCAUGUUUGUCAUUCCAUGCGCAUGUUUGUCAUUCCAUGCGCAUGUUUGUCAUUCCAUGCGCAUGUUUGUCAUUCCAUGCGCAUGUUUGUCAUUCCAUGCGCAUGUUUGUCAUUCCAUGCGCAUGUUUGUCAUUCCAUGCGCAUGUUUGUCAUUCCAUGCGCAUGUUUGUCAUUCCAUGCGCAUGUUUGUCAUUCCAUGCGCAUGUUUGUCAUUCCAUGCGCAUGUUUGUCAUUCCAUGCGCAUGUUUGUCAUUCCAUGCGCAUGUUUGUCAUUCCAUGCGCAUGUUUGUCAUUCCAUGCGCAUGUUUGUCAUUCCAUGCGCAUGUUUGUCAUUCCAUGCGCAUGUUUGUCAUUCCAUGCGCAUGUUUGUCAUUCCAUUCCAUGCGCAUGUUUGUCAUUCCAUGCGCAUGUUUGUCAUUCCAUGCGCAUGUUUGUCAUUCCAGGCGCAUGUUUGUCAUUCCAUGCGCAUGUUUGUCAUUCCAUGCGCAUGUUUGUCAUUCCAUGCGCAUGUUUGUCAUUCCAUGCGCAUGUUUGUCAUUCCAUGCGCAUGUUUGUCAUUCCAUGCGCAUGUUUGUCAUUCCAUGCGCAUGUUUGUCAUUCCAUGCGCAUGUUUGUCAUUCCAUGCGCAUGUUUGUCAUUCCAUGCGCAUGUUUGUCAUUCCAUGCGCAUGUUUGUCAUUCCAUGCGCAUGUUUGUCAUUCCAUGCGCAUGUUUGUCAUUCCAUGCGCAUGUUUGUCAUUCCAUGCGCAUGUUUGUCAUUCCAUGCGCAUGUUUGUCAUUCCAUGCGCAUGUUUGUCAUUCCAUGCGCAUGUUUGUCAUUCCAUGCGCAUGUUUGUCAUUCCAUGCGCAUGUUUGUCAUUCCAUGCGCAUGUUUGUCAUUCCAUGCGCAUGUUUGUCAUUCCAUGCGCAUGUUUGUCAUUCCAUGCGCAUGUUUGUCAUUCCAUGCGCAUGUUUGUCAUUCCAUGCGCAUGUUUGUCAUUCCAUGCGCAUGUUUGUCAUUCCAUGCGCAUGUUUGUCAUUCCAUGCGCAUGUUUGUCAUUCCAUGCGCAUGUUUGUCAUUCCAUGCGCAUGUUUGUCAUUCCAUGCGCAUGUUUGUCAUUCCAUGCGCAUGUUUGUCAUUCCAUGCGCAUGUUUGUCAUUCCAUGCGCAUGUUUGUCAUUCCAUGCGCAUGUUUGUCAUUCCAUGCGCAUGUUUGUCAUUCCAUGCGCAUGUUUGUCAUUCCAUGCGCAUGUUUGUCAUUCCAUGCGCAUGUUUGUCAUUCCAUGCGCAUGUUUGUCAUUCCAUGCGCAUGUUUGUCAUUCCAUGCGCAUGUUUGUCAUUCCAUGCGCAUGUUUGUCAUUCCCGGCGCAUGUUUGUCAUUCCAUGCGCAUGUUUGUCAUUCCAUGCGCAUGUUUGUCAUUCCAUGCGCAUGUUUGUCAUUCCAUGCGCAUGUUUGUCAUUCCAUGCGCAUGUUUGUCAUUCCAUGCGCAUGUUUGUCAUUCCAUGCGCAUGUUUGUCAUUCCAUGCGCAUGUUUGUCAUUCCAUGCGCAUGUUUGUCAUUCCAUGCGCAUGUUUGUCAUUCCAUGCGCAUGUUUGUCAUUCCAUGCGCAUGUUUGUCAUUCCAUGCGCAUGUUUGUCAUUCCAUGCGCAUGUUUGUCAUUCCAUGCGCAUGUUUGUCAUUCCAUGCGCAUGUUUGUCAUUCCAUGCGCAUGUUUGUCAUUCCAUGCGCAUGUUUGUCAUUCCAUGCGCAUGUUUGUCAUUCCAUGCGCAUGUUUGUCAUUCCAUGCGCAUGUUUGUCAUUCCAUGCGCAUGUUUGUCAUUCCAUGCGCAUGUUUGUCAUUCCAUGCGCAUGUUUGUCAUUCCAUGCGCAUGUUUGUCAUUCCAUGCGCAUGUUUGUCAUUCCAUGCGCAUGUUUGUCAUUCCAUGCGCAUGUUUGUCAUUCCAUGCGCAUGAUGCUUCUCUUCUCCACACGCUCUCAGGCCCGGCCCAUCGCAUCACCGCCCUCACUCUCGCCAACACCUCAGCGCCACCGCCUGCCCUCCCCACCAACCCAAGCCAUCCCACAUCCACCCCCCACCUAGCCACCACAUCAACCACUCCACCUGUCUUUGCGACACGUCUGGUUACCACAUCGGUUACACUUCCCGUACCUGCCCCGCGUCUGGUUACCACAUGGAGCGAGGAGAAGGACUGGCGAUACUCGGGUGUGCUUUCAUUGGCUGCGCCGCAACCGGGUGAUUAUAGUGACGAUGGCGCAGCGGCAGCAGCUGGUGAUUGUAAUGAGUAUGUGGUGUACAGUGGGAGUGGUGACCGCACUGUCAAGGCCUGGGCUCCCAAUGCUGAUGUGAGUCCCUUGAAUCCCGUAUUUUCUUUAUCCAAUUUCCAUCAUUCUUCUUUCCUUCGCCCUUUCUUCCUUGACCCUCGCUUCCUUCGCUCUUUUUUUGUUCAUCCCUUCCCAUCCUUCCCCUUCUCCACCUCCGCUCCCCCCUCUCAUCUCCUCCGCCCAUCGUUGCAUCUUUUGCUGGCAAAUAAUCUUGUCCCCCGCUUUCCCCUUCCCCACUUCCCCUCGCCCCGCUUCCCCGUUCCUCACCUCCCACUAACAAUCCCACUUCUUCCCUUCCCCUCCCCUCUUUCCCCCUUUCCCUCCCCCUUCCCUCCCCCAUCUCCCCGCCAGGGAUCCUACUCCCUACUAGCACGCAUGGAGGGGCACACUGCGUCUGUCUCCUCCCUUCAGGUGGAUUCUCAGCUUAACCCUGAAAGCGACUCACACACUGCCCUCUGCCCUCUGCCCUCUGCCCUCUGCCCUCUGCCCUCUGCCCUCUUCCCUCUGCCCUCUGCCCUCUGCCCUCUGCCCUCUGCCCUCUUCCCUCUGCCCUCUGCCCUCUGCCCUCUUCCCUCUGCCCUCUGCCCUCUUCCCUCUGCCCUCUGCCCUCUUCCCUCUGCCCUCUUCCCUCUGCCCUCUGCCCUCUGCCCUCUUCCCUCUGCCCUCUUCCCUCUGCCCUCUGCCCUCUUCCCUCUGCCCUCUUCCCUCUGCCCUCUUCCCUCUGCCCUCUGCCCUCUGCCCUCUUCCCUCUGCCCUCUUCCCUCUGCCCUCUUCCCUCUGCCCUCUUCCCUCUGCCCUCUGCCCUCUGCCCUCUGCCCUCUGCCCUCUGCCCUCUGCCCUCUUCCCUCUGCCCUCUGCCCUCUGCCCUCUGCCCUCUGCCCUCUGCCCUCUGCCCUCUGCCCUCUGCCCUCUGCCCUCUGCCCUCUUCCCUCUGCCCUCUGCCCUCUUCCCUCUGCCCUCUGCCCUCUUCCCUCUGCCCUCUUCCCUCUGCCCUCUGCCCUCUGCCCUCUUCCCUCUGCCCUCUUCCCUCUGCCCUCUGCCCUCUUCCCUCUGCCCUCUGCCCUCUUCCCUCUGCCCUCUGCCCUCUUCCCUCUGCCCUCUUCCCUCUGCCCUCUGCCCUCUGCCCUCUUCCCUCUGCCCUCUUCCCUCUGCCCUCUGCCCUCUUCCCUCUGCCCUCUUCCCUCUGCCCUCUUCCCUCUGCCCUCUGCCCUCUGCCCUCUUCCCUCUGCCCUCUUCCCUCUGCCCUCUUCCCUCUGCCCUCUGCCCUCUGCCCUCUGCCCUCUGCCCUCUGCCCUCUGCCCUCUUCCCUCUGCCCUCUGCCCUCUGCCCUCUUCCCUCUGCCCUCUGCCCUCUUCCCUCUGCCCUCUGCCCUCUUCCCUCUGCCCUCUUCCCUCUGCCCUCUGCCCUCUGCCCUCUUCCCUCUGCCCUCUUCCCUCUGCCCUCUGCCCUCUUCCCUCUGCCCUCAUCCCUCUGCCCUCUGCCCUCUGCCCUCUGCCCUCUGCCCUCUGCCCUCUUCCCUCUGCCCUCUGCCCUCUGCCCUCUGCCCUCUUCCCUCUGCCCUCUGCCCUCUGCCCUCUGCCCUCUGCCCUCUGCCCUCUGCCCUCUGCCCUCUGCCCUCUGCCCUCUGCCAUCUGCCCUCUGCCCCCUGCCCACCCUGUCGUGCCCCUUCAUCCCACCAGCUAUGGCACAUGCAUGGAUGCCGCCACCGUCACUACUGCUGCUGCUGUUGCUGCUGAUGCUGCUGAUGCUGCUGAUGCUGCUGGUGCUGCUGGUGCUGCUGGUGCUGCUGGUGCUGCUGAUGCUGCUGGUGCUGCUGGUGCUGCUGGUGCUGCUGGUGCUGCUGAUGAUGGACGGUGGUGGCAAUGGCGAUGCUCUAAAGCCGGCUAA